UUUCAAUUGUUUUUGUCAAGAUCACAUCAAGCAUAUAAACAUGUAAUCGGAAUGCCAUGUAAUUGGAACAAAAACCUCAUCGAUCACGCAAACAGAAAUCUAAAAAAAAAGAGCAAAGAAUCAAGCAAGCAGAACAUGAAUUAAAAACACAAAUAGAAAGAGAAUGGGAUAGCAUCUGAACAUGAAACCAAUCAAGAAUUAAAAGGAAAAAGAAAGCAAGAAGAUUGGCCAUUCUAGACGCUGAUCGUGAGGGCCUUUUUGCUGAGUCCCCGAACAUAGUUGCCCAGGUACUUCUAGAGCAAGAACGCCACCUGAUCCUCCAACAUCUUGCAUCCCCUCCUGAUGAUCCCCGCUCUGAUCAGUGCCCGAUGAACAAGAGGCAACAAGAAGGAGACAGAUGGAGAUGAUGGUCAGUCUCUCGAGAGAAGGAGAAAAGAGAAAGCCAUUAACGACGACGGCAAUGCCGACGCCCUUCAUCGUCUCUGAGCCUCUCUUUUCCAAUGCCAUCCAAGUCCUGCUGGUGCCAAUCCCAUCACCGACGUCGACGCUGAAGCCCUUCGUUGUCUCCGAACCUCUCUUUCUCUGGCGCCAACCAAGUCUUGCAGACGCCGAUCACAUCACCGAUGCCUUCGCCCUUCGUCGUCUCCGAACCUUUCUUCUCCGGCGCCAACAAAGCCCUACUGACGUUGACCCCAUCACCGACGCCCUUCGUAGUCUCUGAACCUCUCCUCUUCGGUGCCAUCCAAAUCCUGCCAACGCCAAUGCCGACGUGACUCCCUUCAUUGUCUCCGAACUGAGGCGAACCCCAUCACCAAUGUCGACGCCAAUUUUUUUACUGAAUUGAUGAGUUGCUUGAUUUGCAGCUUAUAUGAGCAAAUGAUUGGCUUGUGCAUGCAAUAUGAUUAAUUGAACAUUUUUUCCGGAUGAUGCAUUCCAAACUUGUUCAAACUUCCUUCACAAUGAAAUUGGCAUAUAGUACCUUAAACUAUGAGAGGCUAGAGGGGAUGUCUCCCACUCGCUUAUUGUGUUCCACGCGAUUAAAUCUCUUUUUGAUAUGAGGUUUUUGUAUGUUGAUUGUUUAGUUGAUUGUAAGUCAUUUUUUGUAAAUAGUUGUGCAAUAUUGUAUUUAUCCAGAUUCAUUUCUUCUUGAUGUUAAUAUUUGACAUAUUGGUUCUUAGUACACCUUAUGUGGAUUA